AUGGGCGAAGUCCAAUUCAACGUUUUGGGUGUCGCAUACCAACUCUUGGGCAUUGUGUUUGAGGCUACACGUCUGGUCAUGAUCCAGCGUUUGUUGUCUGCCGAAUUCAAGAUGGACCCUCUGGUCUCGCUAUACUACUUUGCUCCUGUGUGUGCAGUCACCAACGGCAUUCUGGCUCUGAUCUUUGAGGCUCCUCAUAUGACUUGGGCAGACUUUGAGCGUGUGGNNAUCGGCAAAACCUCCUCCCUUGUCCUUACCCUCAGCGGCGUCUUCAAAAACAUCAUGAUUGUCUUUGCAUCCAUGCUCAUCAACGACGACAAAGUCACCAACAUCCAAUUCCUGGGCUUCUCCAUCGCUCUGGGUGGAUUGGCUUACUACCAACUCGGUGGCGCACCUGCUGUCCGUGGUCUUUGCUCUCAAGCCAUCAACAGAUUUUCAGAAUACAGGAGACCGAGUGAGGCAGACCCUGUGUCUGCUGUUGAAGCUCAGGAGGUUGUUAUGACGAGGAAGAGCGAGGAGGAACUCAAGAGUCCUGGGAUUGUCAAUGUUAAGAGUGCUUGA